AUGGCAUCGCCAGAGCCAGUCGACGACGGCGAACCGCCCACUGAGGCCGAAACGCACCAACAUGAGAAGCAAGAGAUCGAGAGGCUUCUUAGGGCAAUCGGCGAGGAUUUGGAGCGCAGGCUUGCUGCUCUGUUGCACUUCAAUGUCGCGAUUCAGAGCAUGCAAGCCUCCCUGUCCGACGGGACCAAAGACAUGAUGGAUCGGCUUCUUAUGGUCUAUUGCCGCUCUUCUCCAAAACUCGAUAUCGAAGACUCACUGCAUGAGCCCCUUCGACUGAAGAUGGAGACGUUGCGCGCGGCGAACACUCACGAGGGUGAUCCUACGGCCGACAUUCUGCUCUUCCCAUUCUGCAAUCAGCUCUGCUCGGCGUACUGCACAGCAAGCAACGAAUUGCGGGACUCAGCCAGCAACUGCUGGUCCGUGGUAUGGAGGUUGACUCAACACAAUGUGCUCAAGGACGGUGACCACAUAAAGGAGCAUGUCAAUGUCGAUAUUGAGAGGUACGAAGCUUCCCUAUCAGCAUUUCGUCGAGACCUUGCGAAGUGCGCGGCGGACACCUUCAAUUCGGUUCGUCGCACCAUCGGAGCGCUGCGCGAUACGUUCGAACAACUUCGACUCGAGGCCAAGAAAAAUUGCGAUGGCUCAGAUGUCCAACGCUUCUACAGUCCGAUGAGUCGCUGUGAACAAUAUUAUUUCCUCAUCGCAAUGGCCGAACGCCUUCAAAAGCCUCCGUUCAGCGACGGGACCCACGCGAGACGCAAUCGCGAACUGCGGCAUAACCUCGAAGCAGCCAUGUUCCUCCUGAGCUUCGAAGAACAACGUGAAUGGAUUCGGAAGGCGUAUGAGUUGGUCGACGUCAAGGUCCGUGAGGACCUACAGAAGGCCUUUCCAAGCGACUUCGCGGAGACUUUGCAAGACUGA